AUGGGUAAGCGCCUGUCCGGCAAGACCAUUCUAAUCACCGGCGCCUCCUCCGGGAUCGGCGAAGCGACAGCCAAAGAGUUCGCACGCACCUCACCCUCGUCCCUCAAGCUAAUCCUCACUGGUCGACGUACCGAGAACCUCAAGAAAGUCGCGGCCGCUAUCACGUCUGAAGUUGGCGAGGGUGUUAAGAUCCACCCUGCCACCUUGGACAUUUCAGAUCCGGAGGCCGUUAAGAACCUGAUCCCCUCGUUGCCGAAGGAGUUCCAGGAUAUUGAUGUGCUGGUGAACAAUGCGGGGCUGGUCAAGGGAAAGGACAAGGUUGGGGACAUCAGUGGGGAGGAUAUGAAGGUCAUGUUCGAUACGAACGUCACAGGUCUGAUCAAUAUGACACAAGCGGUGCUGCCGAUCUACCAGGCACGCGGUUCAGAUGGAGGCUCUGGGGACAUCAUCAAUAUCGGCUCAAUCGCAGGCCGUGAGGGCUAUCCAGGCGGCUCCAUCUACUGCGCUACCAAGGCCGCUGUCCGCACAUUUACACAGUCUCUGAUCAAGGAGCUGAUCGCGACAAGAAUAAGGGUAAUGGAGAUCGAUCCUGGGCAGGUUGAGACCGAGUUCAGCGUGGUCCGAUUUUAUGGGGACAAGAGCAAAGCCGACAACGAAUACAAGGGCGUGGAGCCGUUGACAGGUGAGGACAUUGCGGAGGUGGUAGUGUUUGCGGCGGGCCGAAGGGAGAAUGUAGUGCUGGCGGAUACGUUGAUUUUCCCGAAUCACCAGGCUACUGCGAUGGUGAUGCACAGGAAGAGUUGA